GCCCAGGUGAAGUAGUAAAGCUGUAAAGCUUAUCUCUUUUGACGUGUCUCUGUAAAAACCCCACUUUUCACACUUUCCAUGUGUCUAUAUAUACACAUAUUAUACUGCCAGUCUCCUUUCUCACAAGUUUGAGGUUAAAUUUUAGUUGUCUUUUUGUGUUUUUGUGGUGCAGGUGAGUGGAAAGAUUCACUUGUGUAGAACUUUGUCAGUUUGAUCCUGUUCUGCUUCAGGAAUUCAAAAGGAAAAAUGAUGAGCAGAACUGUGGAUCUCCGGUCUGACACAGUUACUAAGCCAACGGAAUCCAUGCGGGCUGCAAUGGCAAGUGCUGAAGUAGAUGAUGAUGUUUUGGGCUAUGACCCAACGGCUCAACGCCUUGAAGCUGAGAUUGCUAAGAUAAUGGGCAAAGAAGCAGGCCUUUUCGUUCCUUCGGGCACCAUGGGUAACCUAAUAAGUGUGCUUACUCAUUGUCCAAUUAGGGGAAGUGAGGUAAUUCUUGGUGAUUAUUCACACAUCCACAUUUAUGAAAAUGGAGGCAUUUCCACCAUAGGAGGUGUUCAUCCAAGGACAAUAAGAAACAAUGAUGACGGAACAAUGGAUCUCGAUCUGAUUGAAGCAGCAAUCCGAGAUCUUAGAUUUGAGAUAUGUUACCCAACCACUAGACUUAUCUGCUUGGAAAACUCAUAUGCACAUUCUGGAGGCAGAUGCCUCUCAGCAGAGUAUACAGACAAAGUUGGAGAGCUAGCAAAGAAAUAUGGGAUCAAACUUCAUAUUGAUGGAGCUCGCAUAUUCAAUGCCUCUGUUGCACUUGGCGUCCCCCCUAGCAGGCUUGUGCAGGCUGCUGACUCUGUUUCUGUUUGUUUGUCAAAAGGUCUGGGUGCUCCGGUAGGAACUGUAAUUGUUGGUUCAAAAGGCUUCAUUGACAGGGCUAAGAUUUUGAGGAAGACUUUGGGGGGUGGAAUGAGACAGGUUGGCGUCUUGUGUGCUGCUGCUCUCGUCGGAUUUCAAGAAAAUGUUUCUAAGCUCAAAGAAGACCAUAAAAGGGCUAAACUUUUAGCGGCUGGGCUUAACAAAAUUAGUGGACUGAAAGUCGACAUUGCUACGGUAGAGACAAACAUCGUCUACUGCGACGUACUCAAGGAGGCAGGCGUAACAGAACUGGAUUUGUGCAAGAUCUUAGCGGAACUUGGUGUACUCACUCUACCUGAAGGCAUACAAAGAAUCAGAUUUGUGAUUCACCACCAGAUUUCGGAUGCUGAUGUGCAAUAUGCAAUAUCAUGCACUGAGCGAGCAGUGGUGGGGGUGGCAAAUGGAAAUUGUGACCAUUGAAACUCAGCUUAUGAUUUAUUUCAGAAGUGUCUACUUAGUAAAUGGUUGCAUCGUAGACAUUCUGAACUACUCUUUCAGUUUUCUAUUAGCAGCUUUUCAUUUAUCCCAUCUUCAUGUUGUUUUUAAGAUGUCCAGACUCCAGAAAGAGGACUUUUAUUGUAAUCAGGUAUGGCCAAUAGACCUGAAUACAUCAGCAUGGUUUUGGGUAUAGGGCUCCCUAAGUCCCUAUGAAUGUUCGGUUUCAACUCGCGAAAUCAUAAACGGAAAAUCACACUUUUACUAGUCUCCCAUUACUUUAAAUUAUAAGAAUCACUAGACUAAAUUAAUAAUGGGAAAAUAGUGUCCGGGUUAUAUAUGUCAAUGACUCAAUGAUCAACUACAUGACUAAACGUGUGGUUUCAACAAGAUACGUGUGGUUUCAACAAGAUAAAGUCAGGACAUGAAAAUGGUGAACACAGGUGAGUUCAAUCAAAAGAAGUCACUAAGUAGUGAAACAGCUUUUUCUUCAGAGAAGUUUUUUCUUUCUUCCAUUUGUAACUGAUCUUGCACAAAUCUAGUUCUUGUUAGAUUCCGUUUAGAAGAUUCGCAUCUUUGUUAGAUCAUAUGAAUGUUGUUGGCAGAUCUUCUACCAGAAUCUCACAUUGAUUCAAGAAGAGAUGGAGGUCACAUCGGGAUUCUGGUAAAAAACAAUAAGAGGAAUUUUAUUGUGUUAUCUUACCAUCACUAAAUCCCAUUACUAUCUAAGUUGAAAAAUAAUGGCAUGUGUACUACUUGGAUGAACUUUGUACAAAUCAGGCUUCUUCCCUCCAUUUCUAUCAGAUUUAAGUCAUUUAACUUGAAGAUUGAGUGACGUGUGCGACCUUUUGAGGAUUUGUAUACACAAAUAUUUCUGAUAAAGAAUCUAAA